GAUGGCAGCGCCCAUGUCCUGCUGUCGCCGAGCACUAUUACAGCGUUUUAGGGGCCAAAGCUACUGCAUACGUCCGCCUGUUAGACUAAGCUCAUCUAUUUCCAAAAUCUUAAAUGGAGAUGUAGAGAAAACUGAGCUAUCGGUCACGGGCUGGGUGAAAUCUGUGAGAGAUCAAAAGGAAGUGGCUUUUUUGCACAUGAAUGAUGGAUCCUGCAAUGAACAUCUGCAGGUGGUGGCCAGACCAGAGAUGGUGGAGAACGUGACAUAUGGAAGCUAUGUUAAAGUUAAAGGGCAACUUGUAGACAGUCCAAAAGACGGACAGACCUUUGAACUUUUAGCAGAGGAUUUGAAACUGAUAGGAUCAUGUGAUCCAGAUGUUUAUCCUUUUAAACCCCGUACACACCACCCCUUAGUGUAUGGCAGAGAGUACCCACAUCUUAGACCCAGGACCAACAUUUUUGGUGCAGCAAUGAGGAUCAGGAAUGCGGCCACUAUGGCAUUGCACUCAUUUUUCCAGCAAGAAGGUUAUCUACAUGUGCACACCCCUGUCAUCACUACCAACGACUGUGAAGGAGCUGGAGAAGUGUUCCGAGUAGAGCCUCACAGAAAAGAAAUCAUGGAAGACAUAAAAAAAGAAGAUGAAAAAGAGGGAGACAGUAGUAAUCCACAUUUCUUCAGUGCUCCAGCCUUCUUAACAGUAUCAGGACAACUCCACCUAGAAGUAUUGACGGGUGCUUUUUCUAAAGUCUAUACCUUUGGUCCAACUUUCCGUGCUGAGAACAGUCGUGACAGGCUUCACCUGGCAGAGUUUUAUAUGGUGGAAGCUGAGCUUACAGAUACACACUCUUUACACGAUUUAACAGAGGUCAUUGAAAAAACAGUGAAACACACAACUGAAGCUCUUUUAACCAAUUGCCAGUCAGACAUGAAGACAUAUUUCAAACACGUUGCUCCAAGUGAACACCAUACCCAUCUGAAAGAAAUGCUGUCCAAUGAUUUUAAAAGCAUUACCUAUACAGAAGCAAUUGAAAUAUUAAUAAAGCACAAUGAAGAAUUAACUUUCAAACUACAGUGGGGAGAUGAUUUGAAAAAAGAACAUGAAAAGUUUCUGGUUUCUCACUUUGGCUCUCUUCCUUUGUUUGUCACAGACUUUCCAUUAGAACUUAAACCUUUUUAUGCAAGAAGUAAUGAAGAUGGAAAAACUGCAGCAGCAGUGGAUUUAUUAGUUCCAGAUGUUGGAGAGUUAUUUGGUGGAACUAUAAGAGAAGAAAGAUAUGACAUACUGAGAGAAAAAAUAAACAAAUUAGGCCUAGAGGCAGAUCUGAUGUGGUAUUUGGAUCUCCGUCGGUUUGGCUCUGCUCCUCAUGGAGGGUUUGGUAUGGGCUUUGAGCGCUACCUGCAGUAUGUAUUAGGACUUCAAAAUAUCAGAGACACUAUUCCUUUCCCUAGAACUGUAAGGUCAUGUAGACUCUAAAAGUGCACAUCUGUCACAGCUGAAUUUUUUUUUUGUCUCCUUCGCCCAUCGUUUUUUUUUUUUUUUCAUUUUUGACAGGCACCCAAACAAAUGUCCACUGACUAACCAACAGUUUCAUUUUGAAAUGAAAUGGAAUGAAAUUGUCGUUCUUAUUUUUCUCACUUCAUUUUUAUCAGUUAUGACAAAAUGCCUGUUAUUUUUUGUUAAGAAUAGAUGCUGAGACGAUGUGAAUUUUUCUGCAUUCUCAGUAUUCUUUCAGUUGUACUUGAUAAAAGACCAUGACAUUGGAAAAAAAUGUAAUCAAUGUAUAAAGAAUUGUGCAAGCCAUUGGAUUCUUUUAACUACCAGUGUUAUGGAGAAUUGUUACACUGAAUUUUUAGUGAAAGACUUAGUGCUAUUUUCACAUAUGCAGAUGUAUAAUAUAAUGCAAACCUUUUUCCCUUGCAAAACAAGGAGAUAAAAAUCUGAGAAAUAUGCUACAAUAGUAAAAAGUAGUUUACUGAAAAAAUAAUUUUGAACUUACAUAAAGUUAAAUGUUUUGAUCAUUUUAAGAGUCAAUGUCUUGUUAGUAGUCCUUAUGAUUGAGGAAAUCGGUAUGUUAUGAAAAUAUAUUUUUUGUUGACUUGUUGUCAAGCUGGAUAGGGUAAUUGUUUUGUUUAUCCUUUUUAAUUUAUUAUCAUUCUUACAUUUAUCAAUCAAUAAUCAACUUAAAAUUACUUAUUGUAGUUGGUUUUUCUUGUAACUUCUGGGAAACCUUCAGUGUACAGAGUUUUAUAAUACCCAAUAAAUUUGUACAGCAGUACAAUAUUUAAAAUACAUGUUGAAGUGUAUUUGAAAUAUUUACUAUAAUACAAUAAUUCUUACUAUGUCUCUUUGGAGGAAAUAACAUUAUGCCAAUGGUCAUUGUCAAUUCUGAACACUUUGAACACAAGAAUUAUUAAAAAAACAAUUAUAAUAAAAUAAUAGGUGCCAUGUUUUUAAACUUAGGUUAGAUGUGAGAGCAUAUGAAUAACAAGAAGUAUGUCAUAUACUUACUAUUAAGUAAUUAAGUGCAAAUAAAUUACACAACAAAUUUAUGACUGAAUGAAAAAAUUGAAGAAGAUUCAUGAAUUUUAGUAAUAAUGUCGUAACGUGCUAAACUAUUGCUCCAUGUUUGAAGAUUCCAAGUUUUUAUUAAUUAAUAAACCAAUGACCAUUCUACUGUGUAAAAAAGCAAAACUCUGAGUUAGCACAAUUUUCCCUAUUUGCUCUAUUUUCUGUUAAGCUAGCUAGCCUGAAGUGCACUGUGUAUUUGUUCUGCUAAAGCCUUGGGAUCUGAAUGAACAAGAAGGCAUGUACUCCAAAAAUAAUAAGAUUCUAAUUAUUUUUUCAGUUUGAAUGUGAUACGUAUUAAACAAAGCAGUUAUAAGUUAGUUAAUAUAUGGAAGAAGCACAGAGACACUGUGAUUAAAGCAGUGAAGAUGCGGCUGGCAUAACCUGUCAUGACUUGCAGCAAACCCAGUUAAAGGCCCUCAGAGUUAGUAGACAGUCCUGUAGAUUAUGGCAAGUCUUAGAGUAGAUGUUCAGGGACGGAUUAAGGCAGUCUCCUUGGUGUUUUGGAAGACGGUCAGAUUUUCAAGUUUACACUGUUGGGCGUAUAAUUUUUUUCUGUCAGAAGACAGUAAAAAAAUGGAGGAUGGAUCAACAAAGAUAAUUUGGAAGACUCUCAGAAAAUAUCUUUGGGUCUGCUCUGGAUGUUGUUUAUCUACCAUGAUAUGAAGCAGCCUGCAAUGGUGAAUAUAUGCACUGGUAUAUGACUAUAACAAUUUCAUUUUUUUUUUUGAAAACUAAAAAGGUCAGUAUACAAUUUUGUGUAUGUCUUACAUUUUCUUUAUAUCUGAUACCAUAGUCUAUCCUUUGGUCUAGAGGGACAAUGAUAUCACUUUUCAAGUGAUUAUGUCUCUACCCUUUGCUAAAAAAAUGCAAUUUCACUGAAGAAGAAAAUGGAAGUAACAAUAUCUUAGGGUGCAUUCCCAGAGAUUUAGAUCGAUCCAGAGAUUUAGAUUUAGAUCCUGGGGGUUCACGCUAA